GCAUGCUACACAUUUAUCGUAGAGCAUAGCAUCGAGCUUCUCACACGGUUGCACUCACUCCCUCCUAACAUGCUACUAACCUGGUUAAUAGAGAUACCUGGACGUUUAACCUCCCCUCCUUUCCUAAGCUCGCUUCUUCAAGCAUAAUUCCUCUCAUCGAGACACGAUCCUAGCCACUAGCCAUGGCCGACGACCAUCCCGAUCUCUCAGCCCUCGCGCAAGCCUCAGGGGCUCCCGAAGUGCCCGGCUCCCCAGGCCUCAAGCGGAAGCGGUCCAUAUCGGAGCAGGAAAGUCCCGGGCGGGCCAAGAAGAAUGCCGCUCCCCCCGCCGUCAUGUCCGCCUCGGACGUCGAUACCACCGCCUUUAUCGAGAACGCCGUCGAGGCCGCAAAUGCAGCUGCCGCGAAUGGAGUCAACGUUGCCGACCUCAACGCUCUCCAGCAAGCCACAGCUGCUGAGCACUCCGAGGCCGCAGAUCCAGCCAACGCCUCCAGCACCGCGGCCGCGGCCCUGGGAUCAAUGUACCCCAGCAUUCACAUCCCUCCCAGCACGGAAGAGCAGUUCGCCGCGCAAACCGCCAACGAGGGCAACCACCCCCAAGACACGUUCCAGCCGAAUGUGACUCAGCCAGAUGGUAUCAUGGAUGCGCCUGCCAUGGCGGACAGUCCGCCCGGCCCUGGCACCAACGGAUUACAGCCUCACCAGUCUCAUCAACCGCACCAGACCCACCAGGCCUACCAGCCCCCCCAUCAGGCUCAUCAGGUCCAUUCACCUCAUCAAGGUCAUCAGGCCCAUACGCCGCAUCAAGCGCACCAACCUCUCGCAACUCAUCAAACGCUCCCGGCACACCAGGCCCACCAACCACAACAACAGCCCCCGCCCCCUCAGCAGCAGCCCACUCAGCAUCGGUAUUCCACUGGUUCCGCGGGCUCUCAGCCUAAGCCCAAGCCGGACGUUGGUUCGGAGGAGUGGCACAAGAUGCGCAAGGAUAAUCACAAGGAAGUCGAGCGCCGACGUCGCGAGACGAUCAACGAAGGUAUUAACGAACUGGCCAAGAUUGUCCCGAACUGCGAAAAGAACAAGGGCUCCAUUCUCCAGCGUGCUGUCACCUUCAUCAACCAGCUGAAGGAGAACGAGGCGCAAAACCUGGAGAAGUGGACUCUGGAGAAACUAUUGACUGAGCAAGCCAUUGCCGAGCUGAGUGCUUCCAAUGACAAGCUGAAGCAAGAAUGCGAGCGUCUUUACAAGGAGCUGGAAACUUGGAAACGGAUUGCCCAAAACGCAGGUCUCUCUCUGCCGCAGCAAAACAAAGAUGAGCCUGCCUCUUCGACCUAAAAAGGGUCCCUUCCCAAGAGUCUCAGCGUCCUUAGCUUCUAGACGUUCAAUCCUCCCGCCAGAAACGCCAUGUUUGCUCAAGGCCAAGGACACUUUAGGGGCUGUCGUCUCAUCUCAUGCUUCGACUCGGUCCCAGACUGAGAUCUAACCGGAACCCAGCGUGUCUGCAUUCGACCCAGGCCUCCUACACUCAGGUUCAGCAAAGU